CAGAGGAGGCUUGCUGGGGGAAAGGAGCGGAGGGCGUCGACGGUGCUGCUGCUGCUGUGCUGAAAGCUCCCCCUCCUCUCUCUCUCUCUCUCUCUCUCUCUCUCUCUCUCUCUCACCGCCGCCGCCAGCGCGCUGUGCAAGCCGCGCUCCAGACGCCUUUGGCUCGGCUGGCCGGCCGCUGCGCUUGCUCCCCUUUUGACACCCCGGGCAGGAGAAGCCAGGAAGCUGCUUGUUUGUAGGGCUGGUGGAGAGAGGCGCUGGGGGCGGCGGGGCGCCUUGCAAAACCUUGCCGUUUGCAGGGAGGGGGACGCCGGCCAGGGGGCUGCCGUCGUUGACGCGGGUUUCCCAGAGGCGAAGCAACUGUUAAGGGUCCAUCAUGUCUGACAGAAAGGCCGUGAUCAAAAAUGCUGACAUGUCUGAGGACAUGCAGCAGGAUGCUGUGGAUUGUGCUACGCAGGCCAUGGAGAAGUACAAUAUAGAGAAGGAUAUUGCAGCAUACAUCAAGAAGGAAUUUGACAAGAAAUACAACCCCACCUGGCACUGCAUCGUGGGCAGGAACUUCGGUAGCUACGUAACGCAUGAGACCAAGCACUUCAUUUACUUCUACUUGGGCCAAGUGGCGAUUCUCCUCUUCAAAUCCGGCUAGGGGUUCAGGCCAGCGCCUGUGGGGGUCACGGCUGGUGAGGAACAUGGACUGUAGCACUAAAGACAGGCUCCAGCUCUUUAACCAUGGCUGCGCCACUGCAUGGACUCGAUAACUAUAUUUAAUGUGUAUAUGUUGCCGUAAAAAAAAUACCUACAAUUCUCAUUUCUUUCUCUGUUUUGGGGAGAUUGCCUGGGAGAAGAAAGGCAGCGUAUUAUCCCCCUCUUCCUCCUCUUCUUUUAUCUUUCCCCCCCUCUCUCUUUUAUGUUCCUGCUUCUUAUUUUUUUUUCCUGUUCUUUUGCACUAGGAGAACUGUAAAAUGCUUCAACAAUGGCCUUUAAGUGAGAAGAAGAAAUGAAAUGAAAUAAAAAAAUAAUAAUAAGAAACUUCAAUUCCAGAAAACAAAUCUUUGGGUUUAACUUUCUUGCAGAAGGCUUGGAGGUCUAACCCCCUAGCAGAGGAAAAAGAUAAAAAAAAUAAAACUUGUGUUAGGUGUAGAAUCUGUCUAAAAGUUAACUAAAUUAUUUUCUUUUUGAAAUUCCUGUCAAAAGCUUCCUCUUCCCAAAAUGGCACUAUUGUCCCAUGAAGUCGCCUUAGCUCUAAACAAGUGAUUGGAGGCAGCCCCGGGGUGGGGGUACGGGGGGGGGGUGCGUGUGUAUCUGUGUGUUGUCUUGGCCCCAUUUUCUUUGCUUUUUUUUUUUUUUGACUCUCCCGUGCUGCCUCCAACACAGAUUGAGCAAACAAAGCUGAUACGGAUUUGCAAAAUGCGUGGUAUCCUCUUGAGGAGACGCCUCCCCCCCCCUCCAUCCCCAGAAUCGGCUGGCCUGGUCUGUGUCGGCGUUUCCAAAGCAUUUUUCAAACGCAAGAUGUCUACUCUUUGUGUGUCCAAGAUACUGUCGUGAUGCCCAAUGGAUGUGAUCGGGAUUUUCGAUGCCCCUGUUUUUUUUGAGUCCGUACAGUAUUGCCUUAUUGUAGCUCUCACGUCCUCUCGUUGUGCAGGGGAGAUCCUGUCCGAAACCAGUGGCUUAAAUGUUGCUGUGCUUUAAAUGUUUCCAGUAAAGAUGGAUAGACCUUCAUCUCUUUUAAGAGGCUGAACCCCCGAGUCUCUUCUUCUGUUGGCUUUCUAUUCUGGUCCCCUUUUGACCCAACAAAAGGGAGGGUCAAUGGGAGCAGCUCUGUACCUAAACCCAACUCCUGAAUGUGCAAGAAAAAGUCUCCUCUGGGCUUUCUUAGCUUCCUUAGUCUAUGGUUGUACAGGAAUACUUUUUAAGUUCUGUUGCAACAAUAAAAAAUAAAUAAAAUGGG